GUGCCCGUUUCAAGAUUACUUUGCGAUGGUGCGCAUGGCGACAUGGGGAUGAGUGUACGGUGAUGGAUUACUCCUAAACGAGGUUUGUGGAAUCAAGCAUUAUGAAGGCCCCUGAAGAUGUCCCUGUACGACAGUUGGUGGCUGACGCCAAUGCAUUUAUCAAACGAGUACCUUUGCAUGAUCUAGCCUCAGAGAUUUACACGGUGUCGGGAGUGGUCAGUGAAUUAAAAUGUGAGAAAAUGCGUUAUUUACUUGACAGUCUUCCGUAUCAGAUCCGCAUUCGAGAACCAACGGCCGAAUCUCUCCAUAUCAUUACCGAAUUUUCGAAGAAAACCGGUGAUUACCCUUCAUUAUCGGCAGUGGACUUAAAAUUACUGUCAUUGGUACAUGAUCUUCAUUUGGAACAGUAUGGGAAAGAUGGUUUACGCUAUGAUUUAGAAAUGAUUAAUGACAAACCAACAACUAAUUACCGAAAAACAAAAGACACAGCAGUAACGACGAAUGAUAAAAAUGUCCAAAUCGACGAAGGGACUACGGAAACUGAAGGAAAAUCAGAGUCAGGAGAAAUGGAAGGUGUCAUUGAUGUUGGUGACGAUGCUAGUAUUGGUAGUAACAGCAGUGAUGGUGGUACUUGGUUAAGUGAAGGUAAUGUGGAUGAAAUAUUAGGACACACUGAUGAAAUAUCGAUUCCUGAAAAGGAAAUGAAGGUGGCAUGUGUUACGACAGAUUUUGCUAUGCAGAACGUCCUUCUUCGUUUGGGUCUGUAUUUAUUGUCUGUUAAUGGCUACAGAAUACACCGAUUGAAUAAUUAUAUUCUCAGAUGUUGGGCGUGCUUUGCGACAACAACUGUGAUGACGAAACGUUUUUGUCCUCGUUGCGGAAAUGACUCACUGCAUCGAGUUGCUGUUAGUGUAGCUGAAGAUGGUACGCUGCAACUUCACAUCAACUGGAAUCGGCUGCAGUCUUCACGUGGGCUUAAGUACUCCCUUCCCGCCCCGAAAGGUGGAAAACAUCCUGGAGGACCGCAGCUUUUUGAAGACCAACCCAUGCCGCAAAACAGAAUGGCUCGCUGUCACCAGGAUCCAACGGAAACUAGACCGUUCGCUAUGAACGAUGUAACGAGCAGGUCAGCAAUAUUGGGUAUACGGUCGUUGCAAAAAACUGGGCGGAAUCCAAAUGUGCGAACACAUGGAAAAAAACGAGGAAAUAAACGACGAUAGAUUUGUUUUGCUUUAUUGCUAUGAAAUUUUCAUUCAUUUAAUUCCAG